GUUUUGGAAGUCUGGAAAGGGGAUGCCAGAACUCUUUUCGUCUGCAUGUCGUCCAUUGAUUGCCCUGUCUGUUGUCUUCCAGACCAGGAAUAAAUGCUGACAAAUCAACUCUUCGCCUCCUCUACAUCACUUCUAGCCAUAGAAAUACUUUUUAGUUAUAAAUCAUGUAACUGACUGGUUAAAGUCGGUUACUUAAACUGGUGCCGUGACCUUUCAAGGAUUCAACUGGUCAGCCAACGCCGAUCGCCGGGGUCAAGCUGUCUGCGUGGUGAAGGUAUUGUGUUCGAAGACCUGUGAUACUUCAUCGACCACACGACUGCAACUGUUUUGGGUUUAAAUACUAAGGUGUACACAUUGUAUCAUUUAAUUUAAUUUUUCUUUUAAAGAACGUACAAUUAAGAGACUGCAAAGUGAUAAUAUUAAGUUCAUAUUUAGUUAUUCAGUUCACAUUAUGGCUAGAGGUAUGUCUGGACAGGGUUAUUUUGAUUAUGCAACACCUGCUGGGAGAGGUAGGGGCAGAGGCCUAUAUAUGAACACAGGAGAAGAGGUUAAAAAGUUAUGUUUCACAGACACUUUGGUGGGGGGCAUGGCUACACACACUGUAGGAUUCACAUCUUUCGCACAGACACCACCUCCACUUAUCAGUGAUAGUGGUAGGGACACACAGGUGAAGGUAGGCCAUGUAUUUACGUUCCCUGUAGGGCCAAAAUCUUCCACACCCAUUGUAUCUACCAAUAGCAAUGACCCCACAGCUGAACUCUGUGACCUAAUUACUGUAUUGGGAAACCAAAUAGGAGAUUCAAUAGCCAGUUGGCUGUUUGCCACUCCUCAGUCUGUUUCACCAUCUAGUAAUGCAGUAUCCUUAGUGUUAGGAGACAGACAUGAUCAUACCAGCAGCACACUUGAUCUCACCAAAGUUAAUGUGAUUGUCAAGCCGGAUGUUCGUGAGCCCGCUGUGUUCAGAGGAGAGGAAUCUGACAAGUGCACAGUGCAAGAAUGGAUAGAGCUGAUGGAGGUGUAUUUAAGAAAGAAGAACUGUCCUGCUUUAGACCGAGCUGAGGAGAUUUUGAGCCAUUUAAUGGGUAGGGCCAAGAAAAUUGUGAAAGUGGGGUUAAAGAGUGUCUCUACCCCUGAUGAGACAGUCCAACCAGAAAUGAUUUAUGAUGCCCUGAGGCAGUAUUUCAGUAAAAGUCCUGUAUCAUGCUUACCGUUGGCGGAUUUCUAUGCCACUCAACCCAGUGUGGGUGAGAGUCCAGUGGACUAUUGGGUGCGUUUGAACACAGCGGCUGAGCAGGCAGAUCGUCAUCUGAAAAAGCAGGGUAGAAAGUUAGAGAACAUGAGUGCAGAGAUUUCUAUGAUGUUCAUAAGGAACUGCAAUGACCCUGACUUGUCCAGUGUAUUUAAGAGCAAGCCAAUGAGCAGAUGGACCUCCACGGAAGUGCAGGAAGCUAUCGAUGAGCAUCAAAGGGAGCACCUGUCUAAGAAGAAGUCAGCUAAUGUUGGGAAAGUUAAAACACUCCAGGUAGCCACAGCUGCUACUUACUCUAUGGCAGAGGUUAAGGAGGAAGUGUCACAAAUGCACCAAGUCCAUUCUGCUCUCCCAGGUCUAGUGAGUGUGCAGGUGCGGAAGGGGGUGCAUUCGAACGUGUCCUUUGUAUGUUGGAGAGGGUGUUGGAAAAGACCAAUCAGACUAACUCACCUGGUGUUCCCCAGUCAGGGCCCUGGGUUCGUGUCACACCCUGCCGUGUCUGUAGCGACAAAACACACUCCACAAGAUCCCAUUGUAUGAGAGAAAGGAGAUGCCUUGCGUGCUUCGAGGUUGGUCAUCAGAGGAGAGAAUGCGCAGCACGCGGUGCUGCUCAGUCAAACCCCACUGCACACAUUCAGGGAAACUAAGCUACCCACAUGCGGGAGGGGACGAUGUGGGUGCAUUUAGUCAGUCCCUCAGCUUAGAAGAUGACAUGUUAUCUGUGUAUGAAGACAGUUGCAAGUCUGCUCCUAGUGGAAGUGUGAUUGUAUGUCAGAAUGUGCACGAGUUAGGGACAUCUGAUAGUUUCUUUUAUACCGAUGCAGUUGUGAAGAAUCAAGUUUUGUUGAAAGCAUUAAUAGACAGCGGUUCCAUGGCCUGUACAAUGAAUGAAAAAGCUAAAACAAAUGAUACAAGAUGUUAGUCUAUGUCCAGACAG